AUGGCUAUUGGACAAGUGGUGUACUUAUCACCUACUAUAUUUUCUGUCAAGGCGAGGCUUAAAUCGGGUCUCGUCUCGCUGCGCAUCCACCUGCAACAUCAAGUGGUUCCCUCCAUGCCACCCUUCCGCCUGUCCAACAAGCCCCCGCCCUCAAUCCUCGCCUACUCCGCCACCGUCCCGCUCUCCGCCCCUUUCCGCCGCCCUCCAUGCAGGGCCAGCGCUGCAGCUACUGUUGCCAUUGCUGCUGCUAAAGAGCGCGCAACAGCGCCAUCGUUAGUGUCCCAGUUCUGGGUGGGGCGGCAGGCUGGGGGCGACUGCUUGGCGUCGCUGCUGCCGCAGGUGCUGGGAGUGAAGGGCAAGCAACCCUUGGAGACCGGCUUUGCUGCCCACCCGUUGCCACUGCUGCCGGGGGGGAGGGGCGCGCACGGGGAGGCGGGAGGGGUAGGGGGAAGUCGGGGGUCAGAGGGGGGAAGGGGGGAGGAGAGGAGGGAGGGGUUGAAGGGGAUGGAGUGGGAGGAGUAUGUGUGGCGCCUUGGGGAGAUUAUCGGUCAGGGAGGGCUAGCAGGCGAGCAGUACCGCUACAGCUGCUCGCAGUGUAGUGAAGACAAGGGAGCUGAGGGAAGAGCGAAUGGGGCUAUGGGAGACCCACCCGGCAGCAGCGGCAGCAGCAAUGCCAACAUGUCACUCUCUUCUGCUAGCAGCCAUUCACCCCGCGCUGCUGCUUUCAUCUUCUCCAACAGUGCUGCCAGCCGCCACAAGGAGAGCGUGGAGGAGGCCGCUGUGGAAGAGGCACUUCAUCGAUUUUCAGGGGGGAGAGAAGCACAGAGGGCAGGGGAGUGCAGGAUCGAGGGAAGCGAGCAGUGGAAUCAGACGCACCAGCAACAGUUGCUGCUGCUCCAGCCGUCGGGUCCACAGAAAAAGCCUGCCAUCGCCCUCCCACAUCCGAUUCACGACCUUCCAAACCUGCUGCAAAGAUUCGGCGCUGCGCCCAAGCUUCCUUCCACCACAGGCUCGGAAGGUUCAGCAGUGCCGGGCUGGAAGGAGUUUCUGGAGGGGGACAGGGCGGCAGUGGCUGUGCGUGAGAAGGACCCUGAAAAGUUCAUGGGGAUUAAGACAUUGCACGUGGGGGCGUUUCAGGGUGAUGAGGUGGACAAGAAGGAGGUAAAGAAGGAGCACAACGUCAGGGAGCUGAACCUGCCCUCUUCGUCUUCGCACACCAACCGUGGUAGCGGGUACACUCUGGAGGAGAACACAAGCGGCCCCUACUUCCCCACACUGGGCCACCACGUGGAGGAGUUCCUGAGAAGGUUCGCGCCUGCAAGGCUGGCAAGGGAGGGCAGGAACGGCCCUCUGGCCCACGCUCUCACCUCCUGGGCUGGCCGCUUGGGCCUCGGGGAUCGAGCUUGGGCUGCUCUUGCUCUGGGGCCGUUUGCUCAUGGCAGGUUAAAGCUGAUCCUACGGUCCAGAAUCCAAGUUGAUAUCUUGAUAGAGAUGAUCGCAUGCAACAUUUUGCGUGCACCUGCUUGCACCCGCUGUAACCGUUGCAUCGACACGUAUUACCUGGCCAUGAAGCUCACGUCUCUUGUGGCCUCCUUCGCCUACCGCCCGUCGUCCGCGCUGCUGCGCUGCCUCCUCUCGCUCCUCCUGACCUGCUCCGCCCGCUUCAGAAGCCUACUGGAGAAUCUGGGCGUGGCGCCGCUCCCUGCGGUGGUUCCGGACUCGCUGGUGGUGGCGCUGCUGGAAGGCGUGAUGGAGGAGCAUAACCUUCUGCUGAUCUUCUUUGGCACACACGUCAUUGCCCAGGAGGAAAGGUUUGAUGCCAUUCUUGAGCCUGUAGGGCAGGAAGGGGGCGUGCAUGCGGGGAGGGCGAGGCAGCAGCAGCAGCAUCAGGGGGAGGAGGAGUGGAGGAUGUGGGAGGAGGUGAACAGCUGGCGCAUGGCGGCUGGGAAUGCAUGGCCAGCUUUGGAGGAGCAUGGCUCGACGCUGCUGUGGGCGGCUCCUAAGGGAGCAGGGCUGGUGGAGGAGGAGGUGUUGGAUGAGUGCUGUGCGGGCAUGAGCUACUGCCCCCAGGCCUAUGUGGACGCCCGUACUGCAGCUGCUGGCAGUGCUGCCGCUGCCCCCCAUGCUGCUGUUGCUGCUAGUGCUGCCCCUGGUGAGAGGUUUGGAGCUGAGACGCGAAAAGGCAAGGGAUGCCUGCGCGGCUGUGCCUCCCCGCGGUGUGGCAAGGCUGCCUAUUGCAUCAAGGAGUGCCAAAAGGCCCACUGGCCCUCGCACAAGCUCACGUGUCAGCCCAAGGGUAAGGAAAAGACGGGGAAUCAAUGA